AUGCAUCUACACAACCCCUGGUUUGAGAUCAGUCCAGCUGAAGCUGGUUAUUCUCUCACUGGAGCGUUUGUGGAAACAUCCAGCUUCGGCAGCCAGUUUACAAAUAAGAUGAAGAAGCAGGAUGAAAUGGACAUGCUUUACCUACAAGCUCUGUGCAGCAGUGUUUUAGCUGAUGAAGAGGAGAUCUGGAAGUGGAUAAAAGCUCUUUUAUUACCUGAAAUAAAAACGGCAUCAGAGAAAACGAGACAAGAUCCACACUCCCCACCUAUAGACGAAUGUUACCAGGUGCUUUUGAACCUUGUGGACAUGAACCUCACUGUGCUGAAAGGCACUGAUCCUUCUGCUCUUGAUCAGUCAAUCAGAACGACACUGACUGACCUCUCUGGAGGCAAAAGUCAGCUGAUUUAUCAAUUAGAAAAACUGAACGAUGAUAAAACUGCUGGUAAAAAAGCAGCCAAACAGUACAUGAUGCAGUACACCAUGGAUGUAUGCAACUAUUUCAGUUUGGAGCGCAAGCUCAAUUCCUGGCCAUUUGAUCUUUUGAUUAGCAUUUGUAGAUGCAUUGCUCAGUGGAUCUGGGGCAGGCAUUAUAACUUCCUCCACAACAUGACAGAUGAAGCAGUGCCUGCUGCUCUUCUGGAAGGUGAGACGAGAGACUAUAUAGACGCCGGACUGUUGCUGAACUCACCCUACUUCUCAGUGCUGAGAAAAGAACGAGACAUUGAUCUCAUCAUUUCCCUGGAUUUCAGUGAAGCCGACUCUUUCACGACAGUGACACAAACCGCUGAGAUGUGCAAGAAACUGAAGAUCCCUUUCCCUGAAGUUAACAGUGUUCAGAGGCAAAGACGCUCCAACCAUAAAAUUGAUGCCUGGAGGAAGAAAUAUGGCACCUCUCAGGUUCCUUACACCGCUGAGAUGAUCGCUGAACUUCUGCAGGUCUCUGGGAAAAACUUCUCAAUCAACAGAGCCAAACUGCUGGAGCAGAUCCGUGUGGUCGCCGAGGCUAAAUAUUUCCAGGCACAAGCACGACAAAUUUAA